AUGGGCCGCAAGCCGAACCCGCUCAUUCUCGAGUUCUUCAAUCGCGGCGCGAAGCUUGAAGAUGCCAGCAAUCGCUACCAGCACACCUGCAAGGCUUGCGGGGAGAACUUUCCAAAAGGCCGCAUAGAUAGCCUCACGAGCCACCUCACCAAGAAAUGUCCCGCCAUAACUAUGCGCGACCGCCAGCGCGCGGUUCUCCAAUUCCACGAGCUGCCCGACCUUGACGGCAACAUGGCACCGACCACGAGCUCUCCCACCCAGCAGCAAGCCGGCCAGACCAUGAACCUUCCCUUUGCGCCGAAGCAGGGAGCAAUGUCAGCUCUGGAGACAUUGGCUGAAGUCUCAAGGCAGCGACUGGACAUGACCGGCAAACACACGCCCGGCAAUGGCAGGCGGCAGUCUUCGCCGCGUGCCAUUGGAACACAAACUGGAAAUUAUAUGGACGAGUUCAUAGUCCAGGACGACAGACCCGAGGAGGCUGGUAGUGUGGUGGAACGAGUCGAUACUUCUGCCGCUCCUCCUCUGCCUUCUAUAUACCAGUACGGCUCCCUUCAUUCACCUUCAGGCUCUCCUCACAUCGGAGGGCUUCCAACGCCACAUACCUCAGGGUCGUUGGCGGCACACCUGGUUCCUUCCCUCGUCAUAACAGCUUCGGCUGCAAAUGAGCUCUCGAACCUGCUGCCGCAGAAUGGCCUGACUAUGGAACCCGAACUCGGUGUGCCGAACGAAGGCAUUACUGACAAGUACUUUCACAAUACGCAUGGCCGAUCGCCGUGGGCGGGUCUCCAGUCGAACGCAAUCGACCCGAUGCUUCAAGACAAUGGCAGGGAUCACUCUAUGCCUACAGAAGGGUUUGCGAGCAGAGCCCCCACAUAUCCACGGCCGAUUGCAAUGAAUCCGAAUACAACGCAGACUCAUUUCACAACAGACUUCAGCAUGAAUCAAAGGCCUUCGAAACCUAAGGUCCGAGGAAGAUUCACCGACUCGAGACGCAAAGAGGUUCAGGAGGUCAGAAAGCGCGGGGCAUGUAUCCGUUGCCGAAUGCUGAAAAAGCCGUGUUCCGGGGAAAACCCAUGCAGCACCUGCGUGAACGUAGAGAGCGCGCGCUUGUGGAAACAGCCAUGCAUAAGGACUCGAAUUGCAGACGAGUUCGACCUAUACGUGGCAGGCCUCUAUGGUGUCUUGUCUUUCCAUGCGGUCGGCCAGGCCAAGGGGCAGAUUCACCUUGACCAGAUCCCUGGUAGGAUUGAAGCUACUCACUAUGUAGAUACUGCUACGUUUGCGACCUUCAAGCCACUCAAGUGUCAGCGAUCACAGAGUUCCGCAAUUGAUCCAGCACUGUUAGGCAACGGAAAUGUGCCUCAAUCUGAUCCAACAAAUCUUGAGAUCGUAGACUCAGAUAGCGAUGACUUGUGCGGCAAGCUCGAGCUUUACAUCCGGAAACUUGCCCCCAAAUUCGCCGAAUCCGAGCCUUCUGCCUUCAUGAGGCCGACACUCGCAACCGCGUUUGCUAUGAGCGCUGGAACAAAUAAGGAUAAUCUCCUCAGGCGUGUGCUUGAGCUGUGGGUAGCGACUCGAAUUCUCGUCGAUCACUCGAUACAGUGGCACCUCUUUCUCAAUCCAUCACACCCCCCUAUGACCGUACCAGCUAUUCUAGGCCAAUCUGACCUAGAAUCAACUUCUCGCACACCGAUAACGCGCGAAAGCAAUCGAGACUCUUACGAUCUCAUCAAAGGUCAAUUGACGGGCACCAUCGAAAAGAGUGCAGCUGCUCUCAGCAAAUUCGUUAUGAACGAUCUAGAGAGGCGCUUGUUGCAACGGCAACAGGCCAAUCCAUUCGAAACCUUUCUGGUUGCGGUAGUUCUCCUCGCUUGUGUUGAGCGCAUGUGUUGGCUGUUCAAGACUUGGGAAGUAGGCACGACUCGAAAUGCCGACUUAAAACCCGAAUCAGCCACAGCGGACAGGGAUCUUGCACAAGCGCUCCAAGGAUCACAGCCAGACCUGCCGAACCAACCGUUACGCAAUGCGAAAUGGCCUCUGGAUAAGCCGCCAGCAUAUUACAGCCAGCAAGGCGAGCGAUUCAGCGACAUCCUACACAUGCUACUAAAAAUGCGAGGAGUCCCUCCCAAACUCACUCCUCGUAUCGAAGACGGGGUGUGGGUUGCGUGGGGCGAAGACCCGGAUCCUACGACGAGGGAGUGGUGCGAGACUGUUGCAAUGACAUCCGAUAUCCUAGAUGAACGACCCAACGCACAAUUCCUAGGCGUAGAUCCUCGAGAAUGGGAGCUGAAGUAUAUCAGCAAGAUCAUCAAGGCUGGCAUUCAGUCUUAG